AUGAGUGAAGCCAAUGAGAAGCUUGAAGACACUCUCCGUCCAAUUAAGACAGCAGAAAGUGUUCUUCUACCAAUCCCCCGGGAUACCUUCGAAAAGCUCUAUCUGAGUCCCAAGCACCCAUGGACUGCAAGUGACCUACGCAAAAAAGUGGGCAACCCCACCCCCAUCGCCCUGAUGGGGUUCCUGCUCGCAGCAACACCAAAUGCCUGUAUCAUGAUGGGCUGGCGAGGAGCAGGUGGCGGCGGCGGUGCUAUUAUACCUGUAUAUCUCUUCUUUGGAGGCUUUGUGCAGUUACUGGGGUCAGUUGCAGAGUGGCUCAUUGGGAACACAUUUUCAAGCGUUGUGUUCUUUACCUACGCGGCUUUCUGGAUUGUUCAGGGAACAAACUUGAUACCAUGGUUUGCAACUGGUCUCCACUACUCCGAGACAGGUAAUUCCCUACAAGGAAUGCAAACGGAGGGAUACAAUGCCUCAAUCGAUAGCCCCGAGUUAGGGUUUUACUACGUCUCCCUCACCCUCAUUUCUUUUAUAUUUUUGAUCUGCUCUAUUCGCACAAACGUCUGCCUCUUCCUGGCUCUCUCUCUCCUCGUCAUCGCGUUUGGACUAUUCGCUGGAUCAUAUUUUCAACUGGCCUUAGGCGACGCAGCACUGGCAGAGAAACUUCAGCAUAUUGGGGGUGCUUUUGCCUUCGCUCUGUGCAUGCCUAUUUGGUAUAUACUUGCAGCUCAGCUUCUGGAAGCAGUGGACUUUCCGAUUGUUCUUCCUGUUGGGGAUUUGAGUACGAUUGUGUUGGGAAGGUCUCAAAAGGUGCGGGAACAUGAGGAAUAA